AUGGGUUCUUCAAUCUCUAGUCUCUACAAACAACACCAAAUUGGUGAGCUACGUUCAAAUCAACAAGAAGGAACGAGUCCUGACAUGUCCAAGAUGUCUCACAGCGUGUCCGAGACGUGUCAGAAAUUCAAAAAAAUUCAAAAAAAAAUCGGACACUUUUUCACGUAUCCGACAUGUGUCCAUGUGAGGGGAAAAAAUGUGUUGGUGCUUCCCAGAUCCAAAAUUCUACUUGAGAAUCUUCUCAAAAAUACAAUUUGGUAUGCCUUGCAUGCUGUUAAUUUUUGUAAGGUCUUCCUUUCCAUUUAG